AUGCAGUCCUUUACGAUCCUCACAGCUAUCAUUGCCUCUCUUUUAGGAACUGCCGUCGCCGUACCUGCACCACAGUUUCCUGGGUUUCCUGGUACUCCAGCCACGAGCGCUGCACCGGCUCCAACCGGUGGAGUAUGUUUUGACGAUUUUGACUGCUUCGGAUUUCCUCAAGGUGGUAAAUGUGUGAAGGACUCGAGUGGGUUCCUUGGACACUGCGAGAAACAGUGA